AUGUUGAGCCUUCUGCUUUUGGCGGUCGGGGCCGCAGCCCAGCCGGCGGUCGAGGUCCAUAUCGUCGCCCACACUCACGACGAUGUGGGGUGGCUGAAGACGGUGGAUGAGUACUAUGCUGGGCAGAACAACUCCAUUCAGCAUGCCUAUGUGCAUCUCAUCCUGGACACCGUGGUGAGGUGCUUGGCCGAGAACCCGAACCGCACCUUCACCUACGUGGAGCAGGCCUUCUUCCAGCGUUGGUGGCGGCAGCAGGAUGCUGCGCGCCAGGCGCAGGUGAAGCGCAUGGUGCAGAGCGGCCAGCUGGAGUUUACCAACGGCGGCUGGUGCAUGCAUGACGAGGCGGCGCCUCACUACAUCGACAUGAUCGACCAAACCACCUUGGGGCACAAGUUCCUCAUGGAGGAGUUCGGGGUAAGCCCCAGGACGGGGUGGCAGCUGGACCCUUUCGGGCACUCCUCCACCCAGGCGGCCUUGCUCUCCGCAGAGGUGGGGUUCCAGGGGCUCUUCUUCGGGCGCAUCGACUACCAGGACCUGGACUUGCGGCGGAAGACCAAGUCCGCGGAGUUCGUGUGGCGGGCGUCCAAGUCCCUGGGGCCCCAGGCCCAAGUCUUCUCCGGGCUCACAGGGGAGUACAACGGCAACUACGGGCCGCCCACGGGCUUCGACUGGGACGUCUUUAACUCGGACGAGACCAUCCAGGAUGACCCCAGUCUCCAGGACUACAACGUGAAGAGCCGGGUGGAUGACUUCGUGCAAGCCGCCAUGACGGAGGCGAACAUGACCAGGGGCAAGAACAUCAUGAUGACCAUGGGUUCCGACUUCCAGUUCGAGGACGCCUUUACCUGGUUCUACAACUUGGACAAGCUCAUCCAGCACGUCAACGCGGACGGGCGCGUGCACGUCUUCUACUCCACGCCCGCCAGGUAUGUGGAAGCAAAGAAGGCAGAGAAGCUCACUUGGCCUCUGAAGGAGGACGACUUCUUCCCCUACGCGGACGGGCCCCACAAGUUCUGGACGGGAUACUUCACCUCCCGCCCCGCGCUGAAGCGAUACAUCCGGGACACCAGCGCGUUCUACCAGGUGGCAAAGCAGGUCAGCGCCCUCGCGGGCGCUGGCGCCGAUGGUUUGGAGAAGCUGGCGGAGGCCAUGGGCGUGGCGCAGCACCACGACGCGGUGAGCGGCACGGCCAAGCAGCACGUGACCUUCGACUACGCCCAGCGCCUGAGCCGCGGCAGGGCCGCCGCCAUGGAAACAGUGCCCAAAGCCUUGCAGAAGCUCACGCACUCCAACGAGGCCUCCUUCACGCAGUGCGAGCUCCGGAACGUGUCGCUCUGCGCGGCCACGCAGGAUGUGGGCAAGAAGACCAACAGGUCCUGCUUCUCCGUGUGGAACGGCCUGGGCCGCGAGCGCGAGGAGCUGGUGGAACUGCCCGUCUCCACGAACCUGCUGCGCGUGGUGGAUGCGGAUGGCAAGGCGGUGCCCGUGCAGCUGGUGGACUCCCUGCCCUCGGUGACCAACUACGGGGCGCCAGCAGGCGGCGCUUCGAAGACGCUGCUGGCGCAGCUACCGCUGCCGGCCCUGGGCGCCGGGAGCUUCUGUCUGGAGUCCUCAGAAGUGGCGGUCCCCAGCAGCAUGCGCGAGAACUCCACCGAUUGCGAGGUGCUGGAGAACGAUUACCUGUCCUUGGAAUUCUGCAGUGGCCUGCUGUCCAAGAUCACGAACAAGGAGAGCAACAUCUCCACCCGUGCGGAGCAGUCCUUCUUUUGGUACAACGCCUCGGUGGGUGACAAGGCCAGCGACCAGGCCAGCGGCGCCUACAUCUUCCGGCCCACCCGGGACCAGGCGCUGCCCGUCUUCAAUGGCCUGCCCUUCCUGAAGGUCUACCGGGGGCCUUUGGCCGACGAGGACGCCAUGGCUGCCACCAGUUCCUUUCAAAAGAUGAAGGCCAGGAUGGAGCUGGUUCAUUGGGUGGAUGUGUUUCACAACACGGAGCCGGAGCGCGCUCCAUCCAAGAUCGGCUGCUGCUUGACGAUGCUCAUGGUGCCGGUGAUCCUGGUAUAUGCCGUGGUUUGGUUUACGGAGCACCAGCGCAUGCCCCCCACUGAGACGCUGGUCAUCGACUGGUCGGUCGCCUACGGCCCCUUCCCCAUGAAGGUGCAGUGCCUCGAGGCGAGCUGCUGGCUGUGGCUGUCCGGUUGCCAAAGCGGCAGUAGCGGCCAGUGCCUGGCGUUGCAGGCGGGGGAGGAGCGGGAGCUGGAGAUGUGCUUCUCCCACGGUGCACGAGAAGGCCUCCAUGCCUGGUGGUCUGGUGGCAACAGCUCUGGCGUGAAGAUCUGGUCACAGGCGGCGAGCAUGGAAAUGAAUCAGCUGGUUGAGGCUGGCCGGUCGUCCAUGACUUACGUGAAGACGCUGGACUUGACGCAAGAGGAGGGCAGUUACAAACACCUGCGCCACGAGUGGUUCGCGAACUUUCUCUCCAGGGAGGCUUUGGAGCCCCAACACAAUGGCUGCCAGGAGCAUAGGGCAGGGGCGCAGCUGGCACAAAUCGUGAUGCAGCCAGAGUUCUACGACAAGAAGUUGGAGAAGAUGGAUUUCCUGGUGUCGCUCAUCGGGGAGGUGGGUGGAGCCUAUGGCCUCGCGUUCACCGCCUUCUUUGCUCUCUAUGUGCUUGUGUGGAACUUGGAGACCAGCCAGCGCAAGCUGGAGGCAGAGGUCCCCACCCAUGUCGCUCCAGGCAAACUAGCCGAGCACGACGUUGAACGAGCGGUGCUGUAG